UUCAGAGCUAAAGAAGCUCUGAUGAUUGCCACUAGUUGUUCAUCAGGUAGUGCAUGAUUGCCACUAGUUGUCCAUCAGGCAGUCCAUGAUUGCCGCCCGUUCUGUUCGGUCGCAGCUGGAGUUGCCCCCUUCCACGAAUGCUCUACGUUCAAGCUUGUUUGGAUACUAUAGGGAAUCCAAAGUUCCCGCGCGUCUCCCUUUAUUUAAGCUUCAUCAUCAGUUCAGAAGGCCAACCUCCCUCUCUCCUCUGUACAAUUAAUAUUCCCCAAUCAACAGUCCCCUACCAUCCUUUCUGAUCAUGGCGAGCCUAGGAGGUACGGGCUUUUCCUUGCUCGCCUUCUUCUUAGCAUGGAAUGUUCUGGUCCCCACUUGCAGCAAGCUUCUUCCUAUAGUCGAUCCAGUUGGCGGCAAUGGCAGCCAAAUAUUCCAGACGUACAUCGUUCACGUUUACCCCCCCGAGGACGUCGAGCUCCUUGGCGCUGAACAACUUGAGAACUGGCACAAAUCCUUCUUGCCCAACACCACCCUCGACUCGGGUGAGCCGAGGCUGGUCUACUCGUACCACCGUGCGAUCAGUGGGUUUGCAGGGAGGCUCACCCCGGACGAAGUGAAGGCCAUGGAGAAGAUGGAGGGGUUCGUGUCCGCACGACCCGAGCAGCACCUUCGUCUCGGCACGACCUAUACUCCAAAAUUCUUGGGUUUGGACCAAUACAGCAGCCUCUGGAAGAAGUCCAGGCAGGGCGAGGGGGUCAUCAUAGGGGUGCUAGACAGCGGCAUCGUUCCCACUCAUCCUUCUUUCGACGACGAGGGCAUGCCGGAACCCCCCAUGAGAUGGCGUGGCUGCUGCGAGUUCAACAAUACCAGAUGCAACAGGUGGGUCCCGAAGCCCUGCAACAACAAGCUCAUCGGUGCGGCGGCCUUCGGGUUCAGCCGCACGCCGGACGAUGACAUCGGGCACGGGACUCACGUUGCCGGCAUCGCGGCUGGAAGCUUCGUCCAUGGUGCUCAAGUACUCGGUCAAGCCAAGGGCACCGCAGCCGGCGUGGCCCCUAGAGCUCACCUGGCGGUCUACAAGGUGUGCCGCACAUUGUUCCACAAAACCGGCUGCAGCGACACCGACAUAUUAGCCGGCAUCGACAAGGCCAUCGGUGACGGCGUCGAUGUGCUUUCGAUGUCCAUCUAUAAGGAGGGGGACGCACUUCACAAAAGCGGCAUCGCCCAAGGCACGUUCCGAGCGAUGGAGAAGGGCAUCAUCUCCGUCUGCUGCGCUGGAAAUGAAGGGCCCUACCCCAGCAGCACAGGUAAUGAUGCACCGUGGAUUCUGACCGUGGGGGCAAGCUCCAUGGACAGGGUAGCGAGCGCGACCGUGAGGCUCGGUAACGGGAUGGAAUUUGACGGAGAAUCUGCCUACCAACCGGGGAACUUCAGCGGCUCCACGAUGAUGCCCAUCGCCUACCCUGGGGUCGUAGAUACAGAUGUCAAGAAAGCUUGCCAGAAGGGGGCGUUCGCCGGCAUGAACAUAAGAGGGAAGAUCGUGCUGUGCGGGCAAGGAUUCAACGACCCCGUGAACAAGGGCGAGCUCGUGAAGGCCGCCGGAGGGGCUGCCCUCAUAGUUCUGAACCAGAGGUGGGACAAUUUCACCACUAGAGCCGAUCCUCAUGUCAUCCCAGCUGCCCAUCUGAACCACGAAGAUUCUCUGAAGGUCGUAAACUACUUCUCUACGGAAAAGAACCCGACGGCCACCAUAAUUUUCAAAGGCACGCUAUACGGAGCCCGCCGAGCUCCAGCAGUUGCCUCCUUCUCCUCGAGGGGGCCGAGCCUGGUGAACGGCGGUAUUCUGAAGCCCGAUAUCAUCGGUCCCGGUGUGGAUAUUCUAUCAGCAUGGCACGAGGAGGUCGGACCGAACCCCUCUGGGAAGACGGACAGGAUAUUCAACUUUGCAUUUGGCUGCUCCAUGGCCACGCCUCAUCUAGCUGGAGUCGCAGCGCUGCUCAACAGUUCCCACCCGGACUGGUCGCCAGCUGCAAUUAAAUCAGCAAUCAUGACGACGGCGCACACGGUAGAUCGUGAAGGGAAGCCCAUCGCUGAUGAAGCAUCCGGCAAUAUGGCUCCCGCUAGCGUCUUCGCCAUGGGUGCCGGACAUGUCGAUCCAUCCGAAGCCAACGAUCCAGGACUGAUCUACGACAUCCAGCCAGAGGAGUACAUUGGCUACCUUUGUGGCGGCUUGAAGUACUCCGAUUCCCAGGUUUCUACGGUCGUCGGACGUCGAAUCCAGUGUUCCGCUGUCAAGAAGAUCGAAGCUGACCAGCUAAAUUUGCCAUCAAUCUCGGUGAACCUUGGAAGAUCGCCCCUUAACAAGCCUGGAGUGUCUUCGACGACGACGACCGUAAGUCGAACCGCGACCAACGUUGGGGAGGCCAACUCAGUUUUUUCGGCGAAGGUUGAUCAACCAGAAGGGGUGAGCGUGAAAGUAACUCCUCAGGUGCUUCAGUUCUCCAGUCUCAAUGAAGAGAAGAGCUAUACCGUCGAGUUUAGCACCAACGGAAAGUCUCCAGGCCGGUACUCGGAAGGACAGCUCCGUUGGAUUUCUAAGAAGCACGUCGUCAGGAGUCCCAUCUCUGUCGCGUUUUAAUUGCCGAUGCCUGAGCUACGACCGACGUGUGCUUGCUUGCUGCUUCUCCAUCUUCUUCUACUUCCUGGGGUACAAUAACAUAUAACAUAUAUAUAUAUAUAUAUAUACAUAUAUAAUGAUCGUUGUUGCGAAAAUAAAUAUAAUCUUGCUGAGGCUUGCUGGCUAAUUUAAUCUUGCACGGUUAGUUGUUUCGUACAAUAUAUGUUAUGGCCUCAGCCACUGAUAUAAUACCCUCCAAAGAAAGAAAAUUCCGACUUUGGAGCCUGUCACCCUUCACUCAA